UAACAUGAGGGGCAACAGUUUUCCUACUUUCUUUUUCCAGAGUUGCGCAACAAGAUAGACUCUCAUUAUAAUAACCAAGCAGUCAUACACUCUGAAUUUUCUGAAGCAUUAUUAGUCAAUUUGGUGGUUGUUUUUCCACAUUCAUCUAGAAAGAAUGGACUUCGACUUGCCUCCUUCUAUCCCGGUGAGCGGUAUCCCAUGGGACAGGGUUCUCCCGCCGUUGUUCCCCCGUUUGAACGGGACGAUUGGACCUUGCACAUGGACCCCGACUGAACUAUUAAUCCCGGUUUCCGAACACACCGGAGCAGCACAGGUUACCUGUGAUCACAAUGGAUUUACUGUGCAAGUUGAUGUGAAACACUUCAGUCCCGAGGAGCUGCUGGUUAAAGUGGUUGGAGAUUAUGUUGUGGUUGAGGGAAAACAUGAACAAAAAAAGGAUGGUUCAGGACUGGUGACACGUCAGUUUAACCGGCGAUACCGGAUCCCAAAUGGAGUGGACAUCAUGGCACUGGAAUCAGCCAUGUCACCGGAAGGAAUGCUAGUAAUCUCAGCACCUCUGACACAAGGAGACAAUUCCAGACUGUUAAAUCACACCGAACCAUGACGGACCACACACACACAGUUUCCUCCACACUCAUGUUUGGAUUCUUUGCUCUCUUAACAUGUUAAUGCAAGGCACUUAAAGCGCUCAUCUUUUCAGUUUCUCACAUAAAGCAAUAGUAAAGACCAAAACAGACUCCUCUCACUCCCCCUUGUGGCAGUGGACUACUCAAAUCAACAACACUGAAUAUUUGAUUCCAAGCCAAAAAGAAGACUGUAUCUCAUUUUCUGUGCACUUGCUGUCGGUUUAGCACACAGCCUGCAAGUGUCCGAACGUUAACAGGAUCCCUGAUCCAAAGCUCACACACAGUCAAACAUACAAACCCAUUACCUUGUGUUGCAUCACACUCCCUCUCUCACAAAAUUGCACAGAUUAAUUACAGUUAAUGUUGAUAGGCUAUGUUGGGAUUGUACAUAUUUUUAAAAUUGAAAUAAUUAUGUUAUAAUUUCGUUCAUCUAAUAUUUGUGUGAUGUACAGUUUGAAUAUCAAUAAAUAUAAUGUAAUACGCUUGA